AUGAAUCAGUAUCGCAGCGAAAAGCAACUUGCUUAUCUAUAUCCGAUUAUCGCAACGUUAUCUUUCGUGUGCUGUAUAUCGACAACCGUAGCAUGGCAUCACUGGCGUUACGUUUUGGAUACUUGUGUUGAAACGAACUGCGGAUGCAUUUUACAUGGCAGAUCAACACCUACACAUUUCACCGGGGGACAUGUCGCGUAUUGCCACUGGGCGUCCUAUGGACUAGUGUUACCCAUUAUAUUCUGCUUUAUCUUUGGAAUAUUUCACGUCUUCCGCGUGUGCUUUGGCCGACGCCGACGUUACCCUGAGACAGCUACUGUUAGACAAAGAUCCGGAGACUUAAUUGUAAUGACGACUAAAACUGAUGUGGAAGAAGACGAUAUUAAUCCAUACUACUGGAUACCGGCCAGUGUUAUUGGAAGCUUGAUGGCCGUAUUGACGCUCGUACAUGCCGCAAUGUAUUUGGAUGGAUUCUUAAACACCUGCAAGCAGCAACGCAACGAACUAAUCAAGUACAUGCAGGCCAACGGCAGCUUGGUGCCAAUCAUACAGAGCCGCAUUUCGUGUUCGUCGGUGUUUGAUUUUAUGGACUAUUUGCAUCAGGACGUUGCAUUCGAUAGAUUCCGAGAGGGCAGAAUCAACACGGCUGCUGCACUGAUUAUUGGAUUAGUUUGUUCCUGGGUUUGCGUUGGAUUAUGGAUCUGGACGGUGGUAAUUAACGCCAAACGAGCGAGUGCCAGCAAAAACAUGCGAAUUUAA